AUGGAUGAAACAACUAUAGCACAGUUAAUUGAAGAACGAAGAAAUGCUCGCCAAAGAAAUCCAACAGAUCAAGUAGCGAACAGAACUGAUAUUACUAUACAACAUAUGCAAACAACAAUUUCAGAUAUAUUAAUAAGACAUGAGCAACCAUUAGAUACAAAUAUAAAUGAAAGUAGAAUAACGACGACUGCAAUAAAAAAAUCGAAUAAACGUAAAACAGAUGCUAUACCAAAGGAGAAAAUCUAUAAUGUUCCUAAAUCAUCAAGUCAAUUAUCAUUUGUUCAAUCAUCUACAAAGAAGAUGAAGAAGAAGAAUAAGAAACAUAAGAAGAUGAAAAAGAAGAAAAGACGACGAAGAACAAUGAAGAACAUUAUCAAAAGUAAAAAUCAUCGACAAUCAGCUUAUUUAAAGGUAUCCUGGAACAUGCUAAUGAACACUUUAAAAAUAAAACUAAAACAUCCUCUUAAAAAAAGAAAUGAACAAAAAUUCGUCUAUACACGAUUACAUCUGUUCAAUGAAGAAUUUACUUUAGAUCUUGAUCGAUAUUUAUGGCAAUCCUAUUUGGAUAUUGGAUCACAACAACAACCACAAAUCUGGCCAAGUGAAGUUUGUAAAAUGGCCAAAACCAAUGAAUCUGAUUUAUGUAAGCAAUAUAUCGUUGAAUCUUUGAAUGAUAUUAAAAUUAAUCUUGAUCUAUGUUGUGCUAAAUUAAAUACACAAGCUCAAUCAUGGAUAUCAACACUUCCUCCACGAGAAAUACUCGAUGAUGAUCUUAAAAGAUUUGUUCACCUGCAAAACAAACAUUUGUCCAGAACAAUAGAUAAGCAAUUAAUACAAUAUAAAAAUAUUGUAGAGGAAAAAAAAGUAUUACAACAAAUAUCACUCUAUCUAACAGCGAACGAUCAGAUACUCGUGAAUGAAUUAAUCAAUUUACAACAAAUACAAACACAACUCAUGGAAGAAUUCGUCAUGCUAGAACAACGAAUAUUAUGCAAAUUAUUACCUUGUAACUUCGAUUCCCUAGACCGUUUAAUUCAAUCUCGUGUUUACACACCUUUAAUGCAUGAUAUAAGUUAUAUUGAAUUCAAAAAUCAAAGUGAUAGAAUUAUACAACAAGUCAAACGUACAUGGUUAAAUAUUUACUGUAAGGCUUAUGAAAUGAAAAUUCAAGAAUAUGAAGAACAAUACAAAGAAAAUCUACAUUUGUUUCAACUACGAUUUGAAUGCAAAAAUAAUGUCGAUCGAAUAUUUCGUCUCGAUUCAAUCAAAAUUUAUCUAAAUAAUCGAAAACAAAGAAUGAUUAAAGAGAUCUUUAUCAAUAUGUCAGCUUAUCGAAGAAAAUUACUAAAUUAUCGUAAACGUUUAUCCAAAGCAAAGAAAACUGUAGACGUAUCUCCGCAACCAAUUUUCUAUCUAUUAUAUAAUCCUUUCAAUGAUCAGGAACGUGAUUAUCUUUGUAAAGGUCCGAAUUAUAUAAGAAUAAAUCAAAGUGCUCUUAGAUCUUAUAAGAAACGAAAACAGUUAACGAAGAAAGAACAUGAUAAAAUUAUUAACAAAGUGAAAGAUUACCUUGCUAUACAUUAUCAUAUAGAUCGGACAGUACCAAUUUAUGAUAUUUACUCAGAAAAUCUUCAACUUUGUCUUGAUCUUCGUUACAUGACUCCCUUAUCGAUGUCUGAUAGAAUUCGUGCUCAACGCGAAAAAAAUAUUGUCAAAUCGAUUCAUCGCAAAUUGAAAAAAUAUAAAUAUCUUAUUCGUGUAACCGAUAAAAGUGGUGUAUUUUGUGUUCUUCGUACUCAAGAUCAUGAACAGAAGGCAAUUGAAUAUCGUGAAAAAACGAAAGCUUAUAAAGAAUUAUCUUCGAAUCCAUUUGAAGCAACAUUAAAUAAAGUUAUUCGAUUACUCAAUGAUCUACAUGCGAAAAAGGGAAAAGUUAGAGCUUGGCAAUAUAAGGAAAUGUGGCCCAAUGUAAAGACAUGUAAAUUAGCGUAUAUGUAUUUUAAUCCUAAAACACAUAAGGAUGGUACACCAUUUCGACCAAUCAUGCAUACUAUUGAUUCACCUACUACAAAUAUUUCACGCCUUUUAGAUCGAUUAAUACGACCAAUAUUUAACGAGAAAGUCGCAGAUACGAGUAUUAUUGACGGUGCACAUCUUAUUAAACGUCUUCGCCAAUAUGCUAAUUAUGGUCAUUUAAAACCAACCACUUUAUUCUGCACUUUUGAUAUUAACAAUUUAUAUACAAUGUUACCACAACAACAAUCACUUGAUAUUCUUGUAGAAUUUCUUCAAACUUUUCAAAAGUCACACGUACAAGGAAUGGAUCUUCCAACUAUUCGUGAAUUAGCUCGUAUAGUAAUUGAAGAGAAUGUUUUUGUCUAUCGUAACAAAUACUAUCAACAGAUUAUUGGUGGUGCUAUGGGAUCACCAUUUACAUUAACAUUAGCAAAUAUUUUUAUGUGGAAAUGGGAAAAAGAAUCAAUUUGCAAAGAAUUACCAUCAUUUGAAAUUUAUGGCCGAUAUAUUGAUGAUAUUUUCUUUACAUGGAAUGACUCACAAGAAAAACUUGAAGAAUUGUUAAACAAAUUGAAUUGUCAUCACCCAAAUAUUAAACUAGAGUAUAAAAUUGGUCAAUGUCUUCCGUUUCUUGAUGUUAUUCUAAGUAACAAUAAUGGUAUUCUUUCAACGUCUGUCUAUCAUAAAGCAGCUGCUGAACCUUAUGUGCUGCCAUUUGCAUCUGAUCAUCCUCAUCAUAUAUUUCGAAAUAUUAUUCGAGCUGCUCUCGUACGUGCUAUAAGAUAUUCAUCAACAUUCGAAGCAUUUAAUAUUGAACGACGCAAUAUACGAUUAAUGUUACUGUAUAAUGGGUAA